GUGGUUUCCUGUUGCCCAGCUCGAAACCCCUCCACAUUCCUGCAGACCUUCAGACUGUUCGGACAGCCACCCUGCCUGCUGCCUGCCUGCCACUGAGGGUUCCUGCACCAUGAGGACCUGGGUCUUCUUUCUCCUUUGCCUGGCCGGGAGGGCCUUGGCAGCCCCUCAGCAGCAGGAAGCCCUGCCUGAUGAGACAGAGGUGGUGGAGGAAACCAUGGCCGAGGUGGCUGAGGAGCCUGUGGGAGCCAACCCCGUCCAGGUGGAAGUAGGGGAGUUUGAUGAAGGUGCUGAGGAAACUGAAGAGGAGGUGGUGACUGAAAACCCCUGCCAGAACCACCACUGCAAACACGGCAAGGUGUGCGAACUGGAUGAGAACAACACCCCCAUGUGCGUGUGCCAGGACCCCACCAGCUGCCCUGCCCCCGUCGGCGAGUUCGAGAAGGUAUGCAGCAACGACAACAAGACCUUCGACUCUUCCUGCCACUUCUUUGCCACAAAGUGCACCCUGGAGGGCACCAAGAAGGGCCACAAGCUCCACCUUGACUACAUUGGGCCUUGCAAAUACAUCCCCCCCUGCCUGGACUCUGAGCUGACUGAAUUCCCCCUGCGCAUGCGGGACUGGCUCAAGAAUGUCCUGGUCACCCUGUACGAAAGGGACGAGGACAACAACCUUCUGACCGAGAAGCAGAAGCUGCGAGUGAAGAAGAUCCACGAGAAUGAGAAGCGCCUGGAGGCUGGGGACCACCCUGUGGAGCUGCUGGCCCGGGACUUCGAGAAGAACUACAACAUGUACAUCUUCCCCGUGCACUGGCAGUUCGGCCAGCUGGACCAGCACCCCAUCGACGGGUACCUGUCCCACACCGAGCUGGCCCCACUGCGUGCCCCCCUCAUCCCCAUGGAGCACUGCACCACCAGGUUUUUCGAGACCUGUGACCUGGACAAUGACAAGUACAUUGCCCUGGACGAGUGGGCCGGCUGCUUCGGCAUCAAGGAGAAGGAUAUCGACAAGGACCUUGUGAUCUAAAUCCACGCCUCCUCCCGCAGUACCGGGUCCUCUCUCUUUGACCCUCCCCUUCCUGUUUCCCCCAAAGUUUAAAAUGUUUGGAUGGUUUGUUGUUCUGCCUGGGGACACGGUGCUAACAUAGAUUUAAGUGAACACGUUAACGGUGCUAAACAUGGAAAUUCUAACCCAAGUCAUGACAUUCUUAGCUGUAACUUGACUAUCAAGGUCUUUGGCUCGCUCAUUAACGGUUCCAUUUUUCUCUUGUCCUUUGUGGCCUGGCCCACUGUCUUGCAGGCACAGGGUGGGGACGGAUCCGCUCUGGUCCGCCUUGAGCACACACUGCAUCUUCAGAUUUUCUCUCUAUUACUCUGUUUGAGACUAAUACUCGCCAAGCCAGACUUCGUGUUAAUUUUAUUUCAGGGGAUUAGCUGCCUGGGGGUCUUCCCCAGGUGGCCCGGAGGUGGGCAAAGGGAAGUAACAGACACAUGGUGUUGGCAGGGAUGUUUCUGGGGCUAGAGGAUCGGUGGGGGGAGAAAUCCCUGCAGAACCCACCAGCCAGAACCUGGCUGGCCUGGGGCUGCAACGGAGAGAAAGAUUCCCGGCCUGUGUUACGGAAAUUUAUCAAUUCUCACAUAAACCCAGUUCCUCACUGUUUCCUCCUUCACCUUUCAGUGCAGUUUCUUUUCACAUUAGGCUGUUCAUUCCCUCUGGGCCCCUGGGCACAUCCUAUGGGGCUUCUCCUCUCCUCAUUUUUGGAGAUUCAGGCUUCUUCUCAGGGGCUUCGGGGACUGGGAGGCUGUUUCAGCCAGGAAAGCCAAAAUCAAGAGUGACAUACAGAAAGUUGUAUCAGAAAAAGUGGAGUUGGUGAAUUGGUUGUUUUUCUCCCCCUACAUUUGGAUGCUUUUCAUAAGGUUUCUAGCAUCUUCCUCCUUUUCUCUUCCCCCCUUGCCCCGCUUUUUCCUUUUAUUAAUCAAGAAACUUCAAAGUCAAUGGGAUGGUCGGAUCUCACAGGCUGAGAACUCAUUCACCUCCAAGCAUUUCAUGAAAAAGCUGCUUCUUAUUAAUCAUACAAACUCUCGCCACGGUGUGAAAGUUUGACAAAUCUUUCAAAAUAAAAAGUAAUGACUUAGAAACUGC